AAUAAACAUAAGAUGACUGUAACAACUUAACUUCAAAUAUAUAAAGUUCAAUGAAGUAUGCAGAUGUCUACAUUGCCUUUUAAAUUAUCAUGCAUUAAACUGAAUCCAACACAGAGGUUAUUCAACAAUUGCAGAUAUCACUGAACAUUUAUGCUACAAAACUUAGAAUACCAGAGCUAUGACACGUUUAACACUAAUUCACGAGAUUCGUAUUGGAAUAACUCUAAUGGGCCUUUCAGUAUUCCAUUUCGCUCUGGUUAGAGCAGCGCCAACUGAUAAUGAAUUCAAACAACUAUCAAAUACUGUUAUUGAACUGCAAAGAGAUGUUAGAGAUCAAGCUAUUGAAAUAGCUGUUUUGGAGAGAAACGCCAUCAAAAUGGAAAUUCUUGUUGAACAAUUGAGGAAGAAGUGUAGUAAAACAUGUACAGUGAAGAAGGUGAAAGGUCCUCCUGGGAAAAAAGGCGCCCAAGGACCUACUGGAGAAAUAGGUCCACAGGGAGUAAAGGGUGACAAAGGACUGACUGGAGCAACAGGUCCUCAAGGACCGAAAGGUAAUCAAGGACAUAUUGGGGCAACAGGUUCACAAGGACCGAAAGGUGCACAAGGUGACCGAGGAUCUACUGGGACAUCAGGUUCACAAGGACCGAAGGGUGAUCAAGGACCUAUUGGGACAACAGGUCCACAAGGACCAAAAGGUGACCGAGGACCUAUUGGGGCAACUGGUUCACAAGGACAAAAUGGUGCAAAGGGUGACCGAGGGCCAACUGGUCCAAAAGGUGACAAAGGGUCUGCUGGGGCACUAGGUCCAAAAGGGCAACAAGGUGCAAAAGGUGACAGAGGGCCGACUGGGGCGGCUGGCUUAGCGGGUAACACAGGUCCAAAAGGGCAACAAGGUCAAAAGGGUGAAAGGGGAUCUGUUGCGGACAGUUGUCAAUGGACAGAUUGGUCAGCAUGGAGCAGUGGUCCGUGUAGUAAAUCAUGUAAUAAUGGGACACGUCUGCUGACAAGAACCAGAAAUUACACUCAAUGUGUAUCUGGCACAGUUACAGAAACAAGGCCAGUAUCGUGUAACACACAAAUAUGUCGAGAAAUAGUUGGAAGCGGGACAGCAUCUUCACUUCAAAAGGCGUUAGCCCAUGCACGUGCACAAGCAGCCAAAGAAGAAUACCAUGGAAAACGUAUCGGCCCAGAUGAAUGUAACCCAAACACUGUGAGGUACCAAUACGAUUAUGAUCACAGUGACUAUGAACAAAACGAUUGCUACUAUUAUGAAUGUACAGGUGCCAAGAAGUUGGAGAGAAGGCGAUGUCCUGAUGGAAUGGGAGUCAACGAUUUGUUUAAAAUGAAAUGGAACGAUUACGGCUGGGGACAGACAUACGAUCCCUGCACAAAACGCAAUCCUGGC